AUUGAAUAUUAAUUUUUUUUUGAGUACUACACACAAAAUGAUGACUACUUCUACAAUUAAGCCCAAGGGUGAUAUCAGCUCUGUAUUUUCACACCUUGGUGGUAAAGGCAUUGGCCUCGACCCUAGUUUUUUAACCUUAAAGCAAGAAAUUGCCCCCAAGGACCCUGCGAUUCUUAACAAUGCAUAUCAACGAUUAUUGACGUCCUUCCAAAAAGAAUCCGUCGAGAUUAAAGAAAAGGGAUCUUCUGUGAUUCCUCAAGUCUCCUUUGCAGAUAUUCAAUCUAACGGUGGACAGUUUCCUCCUUCAAUCGCACAAGAAAUCCGUAAGCGUGGCUGUGUAGUGAUCCGUAACGUCGUCUCCCGAGAAGAAGCUCAAGGCUACAAACAACAAAUCAAGGAAUACAUUGGUCAGCAUGCCAAAGAUCUCGGUGGGUUUCCUACCAACGAUCCUCAAGUGUGGGAAGUUUAUUGGUCUCGAGCCCAAGUAGCAGCCAGAAGUCAUCCCAACUUUAACACGGCCACGUUGGCCCUCAACAAGAUUUGGCACGCCGAGGAGAACACAGUGAUUGAUUUGGAAAAGAAUUUAGGCUACUGUGACCGUCUUCGUAUCCGUAAAGCUCAUGAUCAAAGUUUUGCCUUGCAAGAACAUAUUGAUAGUGGGUCCCUUGAACGCUGGUUGGAUCCUGAAUAUCGAAAAUGCUAUACCGAGAUUUUUAAUGGAAAUUGGGAGAACCAUGAUUCAUUUGAUGCCACACAUCGUGUUGAGGCACGCAUGGAUUAUUACAAUUCUCCUGGUGGAUGUUCUGUCUUUCGUAAUUUCCAAGGUUGGUUAGCCAUGUCUGACAUCAAGACGGGUGGAGGAACCCUUCGCGUCUGUCCUCUUUUAAAACAAUCGACUGCCUAUUUCUUGAUGAAACCUUUGAUCGAGGAAAACCUUUUGAAAAAUGAUUACAUUGGCGCACUCCCUGGAUUAUGUCAAGGUAUUGGUAAAACAGACUACCCUGAGAUUGUGGACACCAUGGUUUCAAUGCCCGAUGUGGGCUAUGGAGAUGCUGUCUUUUGGCAUUGUGAUCAAGUACAUGCGGUUGAGCCCAAGAACGAUUCGGAUGUAGACUCGUCAGUUCUUUAUAUUCCAUCCGUUCCUCUUUGCCGUAUUAAUUCCGAAUAUCUUGCCAUUCAACGAAAUGCAUUUGAAAGAGGCCUAACACCACCUGACUUUCCCGGUAACCAUUAUGAAGAAACAUUUGAAGACCGAGCUCAUGUGAAUAGCAUGAAUGCCGCAGAACAACUGAAUAUGGGUAUCACGACUUACCCCCCUCUCUCGGAUGAUGCUACAACAGGUCAAAAGAAGGCACUGGACACUCACAACAAAGCCCUUGGCUUUGCAUAAAUAAAUCCAUAUUUUUAUUAUAUAAUUAACCUUUUUUGAUCUUUUAUGGAAAGUUACACAGCAAACAAGGUUCGCGUAACCCAUUUACAAAAGGGAUAAGUAACCCUAAUCAUAUUCAGCCCUUUUUUCCCUUAAUUUUUUC